UUAUGUCAAUAAUGAAGUUAUUCUUAUCAGCUCUUUUUUACAUUUUAUAACUUAUUAGAAAUGGUGUGUGAAUUUAAUCGUGUAACUUGUAUUAGAAUAAACAAGUAGCUGUAAUCGAUACUAAUCUUUAUGGCUUAAUGAUAUAUUCGUUAACAAAAUAUACAAGUGAAGUGUCAAUUCUGUAAGCUCAAUACCAAAGCUAAUGGUAAUAAGUUUAUGAAAAUAUGGCUUUUUACACCUGUAACCGAUAUAGAUUGAUAGUUUUAAUAAUGUUGGCACUGAUUAUGUGGCAAGGCUUCAGGUUGUUUUUAGUAGAUAAACCAAAACCUCAUGUAAUAGAGGAUACCUCACUGAAUAUAUUACGGUUAGAAGAUGACAAAUACAACAUACACAAACAAGACAAGAUUAAAAUAAGAGUUUAUUAUGAAGCCCUGUGCCCAGACUCAAAACAUUUCUUCAUAAGGCAUUUGUGGCCAGUAACAGAAAAGUUAUCAGAUUUUAUAGAAGUUUUUUUGGUGCCAUAUGGCAAAGCUAGUACCAAAGAAGAAAAUGGCCACUACUUUUUCCAAUGUCAGCACGGCGAACAAGAGUGCUAUGCUAACAAGGUUCAUGCAUGUGCAAUUGAUGUACUUAAUAAUCCCAUGAUGGCUGUCAAACUUGCCCAGUGUAUGAUAACUGACAAUAUGGAUGCUGAUGAGGCUUUAGCUAGGUGUGCAAAACCGAUGAAUGUAGAUCCGGAGCCAAUCACAAAUUGCGCUUUGAGUGCUCACGGUUCAGCUCUCCUGAAGAAGCAUGGUGACGACACAGAUAUGAUCAAACCAACAUUUAUACCGACCAUUACUAUGAAUGGCUCAAAAGACAACCAGCCGGCUAUUCUUAAGAAUUUUCUUCUUGAAGUGUGCAAGAAGAUAGAUAUACCGUUGCCGCCUCCUUGUUUGUGACAAACCAAACAUCAACAACAGAGUUUAAGACAUCUCCUACUAUAAGCUUAUUCUCUUCAAUAAUUAUACACUGUAGACAACCUGCUCGGACUCACAUUAUGUACUGCUAAGAUUUUGAAUUUUUUUUAUCCUUUCGUUUUAUAGAAUUUUUAUAAUUAAUCUUUAAUAAUUAAAUAAUAUAGAUGUAAUGAAGUCACAAAUUUCACAUUUCCAGAGAUGCUCAACUACAGAUUUAGUAUCAUGUUUGAAUGUACAAAUAAGUACAUAUAUAUUUAUUAAUAAAAAAAAAAAAAUUAAAAUUGGUUCCUCUCAAAGUAUUAAUAUAUUGUAUAGGUAUAUAGGCUAGCCUUUAGCUUAAACAAAUUAUGUAGCCAAUUUUAUAUAACUUAUUUUAUUAUUACCAAUAUUUAUAUUAUAUUUUGGUUGUGUUUUCGCAUUUAAAUCAAGCACUUUUUUUUUGGUGCUGAUACUUUUUUUAUAAUUGAAGUUUUUUUUUAUAAAUAAAAUUAAGGUUGGUUGUGAUUUUUUUAUUUCUUCAUAUACUUGUAUUUUUUUUUUAAUUCCGUAAUAUUUUAUUAUAGCUUAAUAAUAUUUAUAUAAUAAUUAACGAAAUAAUACGAAAAUUCAUAGUGCUUAAGAAAGAUCUCUGUAACCUCUUUAUAAUAAAUAGAUAUUGUAACUGGUAUGAUUUGUAAAUGAUGUAAUAAUUAUUCGUUCCAAUCAUUA